UCCUUGAUUGUCAUGCAUACCGUCCAUUUGCUGCGUCGUCAUUCCUGGGCUUGUUUUAACAGAUUGUGUCCAGUUGGAGGUUAAUACUGGAACCGACUGGAGUGGAAUAGGGACUUUUUAAGGAUGUCCCGACAACAACUGGCCGUGCAGCGGGCCAGGAAGUCCUUCCAGACGGGAAAAACCAAACCUCUGGAAAGCAGGAUCCACCAGCUGAGGAACCUGCUCCGCUUCGUCACAGAGAGACGGAAGGACAUCGCAGAGGCUGUCAAGAAGGACCUGAGCAAGAGUGAACAUGGGACGGAGCUAUUUGAGACUCUGGGAGUGGAGGGUGAGAUCAAGCUCGCCAUCGAGAAGCUCGCCGAGUGGGCAGCUCCUCGGCCAGUGGAGAAGAACCUCCUCACCAUAUCAGAUGAGGUCUUCGUGCAUCCCGAGCCCCUUGGAGUGGUCCUCAUCAUUGGUGCUUGGAACUAUCCCUGGGCCAUCACCCUGCAGCCGCUGGUCGGAGCUAUUGCUGCCGGUAAUGCAGCAGUAAUAAAACCAUCUGAGGUCUGCUGUCACUCUGCUAAGGUCAUGGAGGAGCUCCUCCCUCGGUAUCUGGACAAGGACCUGUACCCGGUGGUGACCGGUGGAGUGCCAGAGACCCAGGAGCUGCUCAGGCAGAGAUUUGACCACAUUUUCUACACGGGCAGCAGCGCAGUCGGCAAACUGGUGAUGGAAGCUGCGGCUCGCAACCUCACGCCAGUCACCCUGGAGCUGGGAGGGAAGAGCCCCUGCUACAUCGACAAGAACUGUGACAUCACUGUUGCGUGCCGUCGCAUCACGUGGGGAAAGUUUGUCAACUGUGGACAGACAUGCAUCGCCCCGGACUACGUCCUGUGUGAACCCUCCAUCCAGAACAGAGUGCAGGAGGAGAUCAAGAACUGCAUCAAGGAGUUUUACACAGAUGAUCCAAAGACUUUUGAGGACUACGGACGAAUCAUCAACAAGCGGCAUUUUAAGAGAAUCAUGGCUCUCAUGGAGGGCAGCACAGUUGUUGUUGGGGGAGACUCUGAUGAAUCCCAGUGCUAUAUAGACAUCCUGAAGGAUUUCUCUCAAAAUUAG